UCUCUCUCUCUCUCUCUCUCUCUCUCUCUCUCUCUCUCUCUCUCUCUCUGUUCUGCCCCUCUAGCUCUCGUGGCUGUCCUCCCCUUCUGUAUGAGUCCCCGCCCCCCACUCGCUGAACUGAGGGACGUCCUCAUUCACUCAGUCUGCACAGGCUCUCUACUGGAGAGAGAGAGAGAGAGAGAGAGAGAGAGAGAGAGAGAGUGAGAGACUGAGAGAGAGACUGAGAGAGAGACUGAGAGAGACUGGAGGCAAAGAGAGAGAGUGAGAGAGAGAGAGAGUUGGAGAGGCACAGAGAGAGAGAGAGAGAGAGACUGAAAGAGAGGAGGCAGAGAGAGAAGGAGGGGAGGGGAGGGGAGAUAGCGGGAUCAGGGUAAACCCUCACUACACACCGCGCAGACAGAACUGAGCAGAGUGGACUACUGGACACAGCCUGAUAAAGAGACAGAAGCCGACAGACAGAGACAGCCAGACAGACAAAAGUGUUGAGAAAAGAAGAGAGGAAACAGAGGAGAGAAAAAGAGGAAAGAGGGUGGCAAGCAAGGGGAAGGAAAGAGACACUUUUUUUUUUACUGCGAAGCAUCGGAAACCAAAAGAGGCAGAAAGUGUGUCAAUUGAGAGAGAAAAAGUAACAGAGAGUGAGAACAAGCAAGUGAGAGAGAGAAAGAGUGACAACAAUUGCAGUCGUGUGAGGGAGUGAGUGAGUGUCUGUGUGUGUCCUUUGAGUGUGUGUGUGUGUGUGUGUGUUUAUGUGUGUGUGAGGUGAGGUCGAGAGGAAGAUAGUAGUGUUGUAGUAGCAGCAGUAGUAGUAGUUGGUGUAGUCGGGGGGUCAGGGAGGUUAGUCAGGAGAGAGGCAGCCAUGGAGCCUGCGGCGGCCGCAGCGGUGGAGCCCAAGGAGCGGGCCGAGAGGAGGAAGAUCCAGUUUGCUGUGCCGGCCACCGACGACCCCACACAGCUGGACCCCCGCCAGGUCGAGAUGAUCCGACGUCGGAGGCCCACACCAGCUACGCUGUUCAGAGUGGCUGACCAGUCAUCCCCUGAGGACGACAACUCCACCCACCAGUGGGUCGUUGGGGAGAACGGUGUCCUGAAGCCCAAACGGGUCAACCCCAACAUCUACCAGCCCCCCUCACUGAAAGCCGUGCAGCAGAUGGCUGAGGCUCAGAUGCAGAAGCUAGGUGUGUAUCCGCACAUGGAGGAGGAUAAUGAAGACUACCCUGGACAUGAGGACGAAGAUGAGGAUGAGGAGGAAGGCCUCAGCAGUGACCAACAGGAACAGGUUGGAAACACAGACACCAAAUCAGAGAUGAGCAGAGCGGACGCUGUGGCCCAGAGCGGCGUGGAAGAAGUGAAUGAGGAAGAGGAGGAGGAGGAGGCGGAGGUGAAGAAGGAGCAAACGAAAGAGGAGGGGAGUCCGAAGAAGGAGUGAUUGCAAAGGAGUAGCGGAGAGAGAGAGAGAGAGAGAGAGAAAGAAAGAGAGAAAUAGGCAUAGGGGGACUCGAGGAAUUUGCAUAUGUAUACUAUAUAGACGAGCCCACUUCAAAAUAAAAUGGACACGAAGGGAAGGUGUGUGUGUGUGACAGAGAGAGCGAGAGAGAGAGAGAGAUAGAGAGAGGGAGAGGGAGACUGACUCAGUUGUGUAUGUAUAUACUGCAUGUGCUUAGUCUUUAAAUGCAAGCAAGCAAAGGAAGGGAGAGUUUCAUGUGUUAAUGAGAAUAACUGAAAAACAUGACAACUGUGACAAAUGGGAUGUUGAAAAGGAGCCAAAAUGGUCAUUAUGUUCGUAGGUGAUGCUUGUCAGUACAUUAUGGUCAUAAUACAGUGUAUGUCUAAGGUAACCUCUAAGCGCAAUAUAUUGGGGAGCCACCAACUGUCUUUUGCAGUCACGUGAAUGCAGCAGACUCACACCGUCGAGACAGAUUGUGACCAUACUGUUAAAUGUGUGCUCAUUAUUCUGUUCCCACAGCUCCCUAUAUCAGUGGUCUGUCUCAGACAAGGCAUUGGAUGCCAUGUUAAAAAUUGUGGUCCCUGAAAAAGAAAAGCGGUCCCCCUCCCCCCUCCCUUUUUUAUGACAAAAUGGAUUCAUAUUUUAUAUAAAUUGUUUUGAAUAGCAUUAGUUCCCUUUAUAUUUGGGCCCUUAUAGAAUUGUUCUAACAACACCAAGACCAUCCCAAAGCAGCGCCCCAAGCCUUGGGCAUCAUGUCAAAACCUACUCUGUCUCUAGUUUUGACAUUUAUCUUCUGGAAAAUGUCCACUGUUUUCAUCUCAUAAAUAUGCCCUUCUAAAAUACACAAACACACACACACACACACACACACACACACACA